UAUUGUUGUUGUCCAAUCGUGUCGUUUGUGUAAUUUUAGUGUUUUACAUACAGAAACAGAAACACAAAGUCAUAAGGCAUUGCUGAAAAGAAAAACUAUAGUUUUACAACAGCUACCAAAGCUUUUCAGUGUUUUCGUAUCUCGUUAGCUUUGUUAAAGAGAAUAUUUUUCAACAGCCUGACUGUCCUUUUGUAAAUAAAUAAACAAAGUUCUUGGUUUUUAACUUUAACAGAUGACUCGGCCAGCACUCGGACUCGAAAAAUUGAUUUAUUCCCAAUAACUAUUAAGCGCCUUAGGCGAUGCACCACCUUAAAGCUUUUUUUGUUUGUCGAUCUUUUCUUUGGCGUUCAUACGAAACUUAAAGGAACCAAAGAAAGAAACGGGAAGUCGAGUCGAGUCGAUUGAUCGCUUCGCUGUACUGUGCUGUGUUGUGCUGUGCUGGCCUUACUGCUUUGCUACUACUGCUCUGAUUCGUCGUCGGUUGUGCGCAGACCAAAUUUUGCUGCGAUAACGUGAAACGUGGCGGAUUAAUUUUGUGAUACACAGUCAACUUGUAGAUACGAAGUCGAGUUCGAGUGUAGUGAUUUUGAUUUCACGUACCUACAUUGUCAAAUACCGAAUAAAGUGAAGGCUCUUUGAAAGAAAAAGGAAAAAAAACGAACGAAAAUGUCAGAGGUUGCAGGAACAUCUGGGGUUGAGAAGGGUGAUCCAGAAAUGAAAGGAUGGCUUCACAAAUGGACAAAUUACCUGAAAGGCUAUCAGCGUCGUUGGUUUGUCUUGUCGAAUGGUGUCCUCUCCUAUUACAGAAAAUCCAAUUCCAGGAAUCAGGCAGAGGUGGCACACACAUGUCGUGGCACCAUAUCAUUGCAUGGAGCAUUGAUUCAUACGGUGGAUUCUUGUACUUUCGUGAUUUCUAAUGGCGGAACACAAACUUUUCAUAUUAAAGCCGCAAAUGAAGUGGAGCGCCAGAGUUGGGUCACUGCGUUGGAGCUCGCUAAAGCUAAGGCUAUACGUGCUAUGGAAAGUGACGAGGACGAAGAUGAGACCUCCUUAAUGGUGGUGCCCAGUCAGGAAAUAAAUGUAGUUGUUAAAGAAUUAACAGAAAGAUUAGAAAAUCUUCGAACCUGUUCCGAUUUAAUUACAAAACACGGAUUGGCUCUUCAGAGGGCAUUGGGCGACCUAGAAAGCGGUGAUGAUUUCGCUAAUCGAAGCAAAAUUGUCAAUGAACGUGCAACUUUGUUUCGUAUUACUUCAAAUGCAAUGAUUAAUGCUUGUUCGGACUAUCUUAAGACAGCCGAAUCUCAAGGACAAAAAUGGUCAAAAAUGCUUCACCACGAGCGUGAAAAGCGACAAAGCUUAGAAGAGAUGGUCGAACAAUUAGCAAAGCAGCAUACUCAGUUGGAGCAAGCUGCUCAUCGGAUUAUGCCAAGAUCAAAAAAUCCAACCAUUUCAAACUCCGAUGAUUCCUUUUACAUACAAUAUUCAGCGACAUCAGAUGACGAUGAUAUUGAAUUUUAUGAUGCUCAAGAAGAUAAUAAUUCACUGAAAGAUGAAGCAAUAGAAGAUUCUUCAUUUAUAUUAAAGAUACAAACAAGACGUUUUUCCCGUGAUCGAACUGGCAGCUCAUCGGAGAGUGAAGAAGUUAAAGCCGAAACAAAGCAGGUCUUAGUUGUUCCUGAAAACGAGCAAAGCUCGCAAUCUGUUGAUACAAUGGAUCACCAAAUUCAGACAGUUUUGCCAGGCAGAUUUGGGAGCACGGUCAGUCUAAAUCGUGUCAUUAAAAACCGACGAACAAGAGUUCCUGAUAAACCAAAUUAUCCUCUUAAUCUAUGGUCGAUUAUGAAAAACUGCAUUGGUAAAGAACUUUCCAAAAUACCAAUGCCUGUUAAUUUCAAUGAACCUCUUUCAAUGUUGCAAAGGUUAACAGAAGACUAUGAAUAUGCCGAUUUAUUAGACAAAGCAGCACAAUGUUCCGAUCCCUGUGAGCAGUUAGCCUACGUUGCUGCAUUUUCCAUAUCCAGUUAUUCAACAACUGCAAAUCGAACUGGAAAGCCAUUUAAUCCGCUUCUUGGUGAAACUUACGAAUGUGAUCGUAUGGAUGACCUAGGGUGGCGUGUUAUAGCCGAACAAGUUUCCCAUCACCCACCGAUGGCAGCAAUUCACUGCGAAGGAAAAACAUGGAAUUGCUGGCAAGAGUUUACAAUGACCAGUAAAUUUAGAGGAAAAUACCUUCAAGUUGUUCCACUGGGUAAUGCAUGUGUCGGUUUUGCCUCCGGCCAAAAAUACUCAUGGAGAAAAGUUACCACAACAGUCCAUAAUAUUAUAGUUGGUAAGCUUUGGAUAGAUAAUCACGGAGAAACAGAAAUUAUUGGCCAGAACAAGGCGAAAGGUCUCAAGUGUCAUUUAAAAUAUAUUCCAUAUUCAUAUUUCACGCGGGAUGCACAACGAAAAGUUAAGGGAAUCAUAAUGAAUGAAGAAAAUGAAGUGAAAUGGGUUUUGCGUGGAAUUUGGGAUAAUAAAAUCGAAAUUGCGUCCGUUCUAUCAACCUCAGGUUCUGCAGAAAGUCCAGUUUAUAAGACAGGCAGUUACCGUACAAUCUGGACAAGAAAACCACCACCAGAGGACAGUGAAAAGUACUAUAAUUUCACUACCCUGGCUUGUCAAUUAAAUGAAAUGGAAGAAGGCAUCGCCCCAACAGACUCUAGGUUAAGGCCGGAUCAGCGGCUUAUGGAGGAAGGACGUUGGGAAGAGAGCAAUGUAGAAAAAAUGAGAUUAGAAGAAAAACAACGUCUCAAACGAAGAGCACGCGAAUCUGAUGCUGAAAGUGCAGCUUCUCAAGGAAGACCCUACCCGCCUUAUGAACCCAUUUGGUUUGUUAAGCAACAAGAAGACGAUAGCGAAAAUGUUGUGCAUGUCUUCAAAGGCAACUACUGGGAACAUAAAAUGAAACAAGAUUGGAGUGUUUGUCCGGAUCUAUUUUAGAAAACCCCUAAAAUCAAUAGUUAAUGUUAAAUAAAUGCAAUGUGUUACGGAAUAAAUUAGGAAUACCAUUAUGGGCCCUUUCAACUAACGCGAGUCAAAAGUUUGUCCAUAAUAGAAAGCUAACUUGGCAAUUAAAUUGUCGUUUGGUUGGGGAACUGAAAUUGCAAUAGUCAUGGAAAAAUCAGUACUAGUCCGAAAUUCUUUGAGUUAUUUAAUUUAUAUGUCUUACAAAUUGUCUUUUAAAGGUCGGAAAGAUGGAGUUCUAUUGCAUUUUAAGUCCAACUCGCGACGAAAAGCAAACGCCUUUACUUUUUUUUCAGUUCACUCAAUAAACAUACGGCUUGUGCGCCUCUCACGCACCAUUACUACCUACAAUUACACAUAAAUAUACCAUUACAAAUAAUGAGUUCUAAGCUCCAGUGUUCACCGUAAAUGACGCUUUAGUGCUGUUUGUUCUAAUUUAUUAUUAUUAUUAUUAUUGUAAUUAUUAUUAAUUUCUUAGAGCUAUUAUAUAAAUAUAUUUAGAAGGAGAACAAAAUAAAACAAAUGUUUCCAUUAACGUUUUCAA